AUGAAAGGACACGUCAGGCUGUAACAGCGGUCGAAUUUGUAACAAUACGUGUCUAAAUAGCGCCCUUAUCUGGGCUACUUACUCUUUAGAAGUGUUUGGAUUCUUGGAAACCUCUAGUGGUCUGUUUAAAAACUGACAAUGGCGUCGAAUGACUUGGGAGACUGGUACAGGAGCAUUCCUCGAAUCACCAAGUAUUGGUUCACUGGCUCAAUCGUCCUGCCUAUCAUUGGAAGAAUUGGACUGGUGCAUCCUAUGUGGAUGAUUUUGGAUUUUUCAUCAACCUUUUACAAAUGCCAGAUCUGGAGACCUUUAACAGCAGUACUAUUUUAUCCCAUAGCUGGGCCAAGUGGUUUCCAUUAUUUGAUUAACUUGUAUUUUCUGUACUCAUAUUCAACAAGAUUAGAAACAGGUGUAUUUGAUGGCAGACCAGCAGAUUAUAUGUUUAUGAUGAUAUUUAACUGGCUGUGCCUUGUUAUAGUUGGAUUCGCAAUGAACUUAAUGUUAUUGAUGGAUCCUAUGAUACUGAGUGUAUUAUAUGUGUGGUGUCAACUCAACAGAGAUGAAAUCGUGUCAUUCUGGUUUGGUACAAGGUUUAAGGCCAUGUAUCUGCCCUGGGUUUUGCUGGCAUUCAAUAUGAUCAUUGGACAAGGUGGGCUGUUUGAGCUGAUCGGAAUUCUGGUGGGCCACUUGUACUUCUUCCUCAUGUUCAAGUAUCCACAAGACUUUGGGGGAACCAGGUUGCUUCAUACACCAUCAUUUCUAUACAAUUGGUUACCGAAUCGCCAGGGAGGUGUGUCUGGGUUUGGAAUGGCACCAUCAAACAGGAUGAGACGGGACAAUGAUGGUGGGGCGCGUCACCGCUGGGGGCAAGGCAAUCAGCUGGGCGGUAACUGACAUGGUUACAUAUCGAGUAGGAGUGAUGGAAGGAAGGAAUGAUGUUCAAUGACAUACACACAGCCAGCUGCAGUACUCCAUCAGCGUUAGAGUGUUGGAGGCAUCUUGUCAUGCAGUUCUUGUGCGAUAUAAAGAUCAUUGUCAAUAAGUGUUUUAAUGACUGAAUUAAUGGCUUAAUAAGAAGCAUAAUCUCUAAAACAGUUUUGAACAACUGGCUUAAGUAUGGUGUUACAGCUGUAAGACAGAGCAUGUAUUGAAAGACAAAUGCUUAAAAAUAUGUUUCUUGUGCAUGAACUGCCCCUUCAAAGAAGGGCCCUACAGUAAACAUUUUAUUGAACUUUGAUGGAAUUUCAUGUUUCUUAUUUUUCUCUCUAUGUUAUUUUCUAUGAAAUCCCUACAUGUAUCUUAGCUGGCAUAAAGAAGAGAAAAACACACCCCAUCAGACAUCAUAUAACCCUAUAAUAUGUACAUGUUAUAGCAGGAUUAUCUGUAGUCUAUGAACUGUAAUACAGCUACAGCAAAAAUUUGCAGCAGCCAUUUUCAUAACACCAAUAUAUGCAACCAGUGAAGAAUUUGUGCCCAAUAUAAUCAUUAUUGUACAUGUGCAUGUGAUACUGUCACGGUCUUUGAUUUUAGGAAUUUAAUUCCUUGUUUAUAGCAGUUCACAAAAUUAACAAAUCAUUAAUUUCAGGGUGAGUGUACUGUGAUUGAAUUAUAUUUGUAAGUAAAUUUCACAUAUGCAUGUUCCAUCACGUGCAUUCAAUUUAUUUUUGAAACUUCGGGGGCAACAGUUGUAUAUGGGUUUUUAGCUCGAAUUGAAAUAUACUGUGCAGUACAUUAUCAUCACUCAUUGCAGGUCUCUGAAAAUGAAGAAUAAUCGAAAGGGUUUUCUGUUCAUUUUAGUGUCAUUCAUUAAUUGGGAUUGUAAUAUAUUUAUUUUGAUUAGCUGGAAGAUUUGGAAGAUUGUCUCUUAUCGGUUCGUGUAACAUAAAGAUUGUCCUAUUUUGUUUGUUACAACGUUUUUCAGUGUAUGAUAUGGUGUAUUUAUGUAACUACAUAAUUGCCAUAUAUGUUAUAUCUAUAUCAUUUGUGUUUGCUGCACAGUGUAAAUUUCUGUGACCUUACAUUAUAAUACAUCAUUCUAAUACAAAGUAACAAAAUUAAGUGGUUGAGACAGAAGUUUUUGCUGUUGUUGAACUUUAAAAUACAUGCAGUUUCAAGUAUCUUAAGAACCAGUUAUAUUAGAAUGUUGAUUGGUACAUGUACUUUCUUUAGUUUAGUAGAAAGGUAUGUACCUGUAAUUAACAGACAGUGCUGGAGUCUGAGGUUUUGAACAGUUUCAUUUUUAGAGAAUAAUCAAGAUGCAGUGACAUAGACUUAA